GCUAGAGGACGAGAUGGCCCAGAAGAACAAUGCCCUAAAGAAGAUCCGGGAGCUAGAGGGCCACAUCUCAGACCUUCAGGAGGACCUGGACUCAGAGCGCCAGGCCAGGAACAAGACUGAGAAGGCCAGGAGGGACCUGGGAGAGGAGCUGGAGGCCCUCAAGUCUGAGCUGGAGGAUACACUUGACAGCACCGCUACCCAGCAGGAGCUCCGGGCGAAGAGAGAACAGGAGGUGACCCUGUUGAAGAAGGCCAUGGACGACGAGGGUCAGACCCACGAGGCCCAGGUGCAGGAGAUGAGACAGAAACACACCCAGGCUGUAGAGGAGCUCACAGAGCAGCUGGAGCAGUCCAAACGG